CGUUCGUUAAUCAAUAUUGAAACAUGUAUCCGUCACAAACCGUCGAAGAGUUCUUUGCUGGGGAAACAAAAGUUCCGAUAAAAUUCGACCGAAAUGUUCUUGGCCUUGGAAAUUUGAUUGGAAAGGAUAAAACAAAAGAGAUAUUGAAAGAUCAAGUUUAUGAAAUUCCAUUCUAUAUCGCGGAAGAACUUGUCACAAAAGAAAUUGCAACAUUACAACUACCAAAAAUAUUUGGAAAUGAUGUUAUGAAUGCAUUAAAGGUUACUCCUAUUGAUAUGAAUUUAAGAAAUUAUUGUCCGCAAUUUUAUACAUUCGCAUCUGAUUAUGCUUUAUUAUGGCAAGAUAUUAUAAAUCGGGAAUAUCAACGUUAUGGCGAUGAAAGACAGCAUCAGUUAGAUUUAACUAAAAUACAAGAAUUCUUAGAAAUUCUUAAAAGGAGUAAAAUCGAUCGAGCUGUGGAAAUAUUGAAUAGAGCAAAACGUUUUUUUGAAGAUCACAAUGAUUUUUUAGAGAGAUUGGAUGAUGAUGAAAGAAAAAUGUUUGAGGAACAAAGGCAAGUGUGUGAAGAAACCUAUGUAGAUUAUACAAAACUUUGAUUAUUACUAUAAUUGAAUAAUUAUUCCUCAUAAGUGCCAAAUUAUUUACAAUUUCUAUUGUAUGUAUCGAGAACAUUAAAAAUACUAACAGUAGAUAAAUAUUGUCGUAGAUAAAUAUCACAGUAGAUAAAUGCUGUCUGUUAUGUCGGAUAAUACAUUAUAUAAACUAUUCUUUGAACGAAUUAAUUCGCCUCCUAAAUUAAAAUUCAAUUAUUCGUUACCUUUGAAAUGUUAUUAGAACAUAUUAUAAACCUUCUUUCGUUGUUACAUACCUUAGCGAAAAUUCCUAUAUAUAUAUAUAUGAACCUCAAUCAAAAAGUGUCGUUAAAUAUAGUCGAAUUAACAACUAAAUAAUAUAUUAUGCCUUAUAUUGUAUUUAAUAUGCUAAAUAUAUU